UUGCACAGAUCGCUGCUCUUUGCCAUGACAUGGGUCAUGGUCCAUUCUCUCAUUUGUUUGAUGGCAUGUUCAUCCCGGAAGUCCAGUCUGAUGAUGAGCAUUGGGAGCAUGAGCAGGCGUCUGUUGACAUGUUUCACUGCAUGAGAAAGAAGAACGGACUGGACAAAGAGAUGGAAUGCUACGGAUUGAAUCUAGAUGAAGACAUCAAAUUUAUUGAGGAAUUAAUUCUGAAAGGACAAAAGGAUGGCGAGUGGUUAAUGAAGGGCAGGACUGAGGACAAGUCUUUCCUGUAUGAGACUGUGGCAAAUAAAGUGAACGGCGUUGAUGUCGACAAAUGGGACUAUUUGGUUCGAGACUGUUAUUAUCUCGGCAUUCCAUGUGGUUUUGACUCUCAGCGUCUGCUGAAAUCUGCUCGAGUGUGUAACGUGAACGGGAGGAAACACAUCUGCUUCAGAGACAAGGUGGCUGAUAAUGUUUAUGGGAUGUUUCACACCAGAUACACUCUUCAUCGUCAGGCUCUUCAGCACAAGAUCGGCUACAUCAUUGAUGUCAAGAUCAAGGAAGCCCUUGUGCUAGCUGAUGGCAAGCUGAGGAUCUCAAAAGCCAAAGAUAACAUGCUGGAAUACACCGAACUCACAGAUCACAUAUUUGAUGAAAUCUUGAACCAGCCAGAUAGUCCUUUGUUUGUUGGAGAGGCCCGACUCAAUGAAACUAAAUUAAAGGAGAAACUGAAGGACAAACUGAAAGACCAGCCUGACGAAGAAUUUAAGAGAGAAGUGUUUCAGGAAGAAUUGCAGAAUAAAUGGAGGAAAAGGGUAAAGGACUACAACUGGUCUCAGAGCCCAGGACUACAAGCUGAUGACUUUAAAAUUAAUGUGACUGAUCCCGGGAUAAAGAGGCUUCCUAAAUGGCUUGUUAGAGUGUACCACAAAACAGAUGUUGCUCAAGAGGUCCAGAAGACAGCUCAGCAAUGCUUUCGUGAGUGGUGCAGUGAAGAUGACUUUAUUGAUUCCAGAGAUACAACAGACCAUCUGGCUGAAGCCCAGAAGAUUCUACUAAAUAUUGUCAAAAGACGUCUGCCAAAGUGUAUUGGAGAGGCACGACUGAAAGAAGAAGGAUUAAAGGAAAUACCUGAGGCCAAAGCACUGCCUGAUAAAGCCUUCAAUACCAAACUGUAUCAGAAACUACUGAAGAAGUAUGCAAAGUUUAAGCCACCACAGGAGGAGGAGAACUUUGACAUUCAUGUUCUUGAGAUGGGUUUUGGUGAAGUGGGUAAAGAGCCCAUUGAUAAUGUUCAUUUCUACAGCAAGAAUGAGCCAAACAGAGCCUUCAAGAUGCAGAAGUACCAGGUGUCCAAUCUCAAGCCAAAGAAGUUUCAUGAAUUUCUUGUGAGGGUCUAUUACGAUCCACCGAAUCAGGAGGAUCCAGAGAAUCAGGAAGAUCCAAAGAAUGAGGAGGAUCCAAAGAAUGAGGAGGAUCCAGAGAUUCCGGAUGUCCAGCAGAAAGCUGUGAAGUACUUUCAUGACUGGUGCAAAGACAAUAAAAAGUUUAUUGAUUACGAGCCUGAUUCAGAGACAGCUUCAUCCUCAUCCUCCUCCUCAGGGGCAGCACAGGAUUCAGGACAGGCUUCAUCAGCAGCAGAAUCCCGCAAAAAGAAAUCCCAAGACUCUUCAGGCAAGAUCUUUAACGACCCCAUCCAUGGUCAAAUUGAGCUGCCUGACCUGCUGGUGAAGAUAAUUGACACUCCUCAGUUUCAGAGACUGAGACACAUUAAACAGCUGGGAGGAACAUAUCUGGUGUAUCCUGGAGCCACUCACACUCGCUUCGAACACUCCAUUGGUGCGGCAUAUUUAGCAGGACGUCUGGCAGAAGUUCUGAAAGAGAAACAACUGAAGGAGUUUAAAACGGAACGAGAGGAGUUUGAAGAGAAACGAGAGGAGUUUGAAGAGAAACGAGAGGAGUUUAAAAAGGAAAAGGAGACGUUUAAAAAGACAAAAGAGAAGUUUGAGAAGAAACAGAGCAAGUUAAUUGACGAGAAAGACAUCCUGUGCGUCCAAAUCGCAGCUCUUUGCUAUAAUUUAGGUCAUGGUCCGUUCUCUUACGUGUUUAAGGACAGGUCCAUGAAGACUGGCAAUGAGUGGAAGCUUGCAGAGGCCUCGGUUUGGCUGUUUCUGGACAUAGUAGAGAAAUAUAAACUGAAAAAAGAGCUGAAGAAAGAAGAUCUUACCUUUAUUCAGGAGUUGAUAAAGGGAGUUGAUACUUCAGAUAAAUGGACAGCGAAGGGCAGGACGGAGGACAAGUCUUUCCUGUAUGAGAUCGUGGUAAAUCAAUGGAAUGACAUUGAUGUGCGUAAAUGGGACUAUUUUGCACGAGACUGUCAUCACCUCGGCAUCCCAAACAGCUUUGACCAUCAGCGUCUGCUGAAAUCUGCUCGUGUGUGUGAGGUGAAGGGGAGAAAACACAUCUGCUUCAGAGACAAGGUGGCCGAUAAUAUUUAUGACAUGUUUCACACCAGACACACUCUGUACAGCCAGGCCUACCAGCACAAGAUCGUCAACAUCAUCGAAGAGAAGAUCUCAGAAGCCCUCAUAGCAGCGAAAGACAAGAUCACAAAGCUCUCACCAGUUGCUGUAUCCGACAAAGAUAUAGAGAGUAAGCUCUCAAAUAUUCUACACAAUGGUACAGGUGGUGAAGACCAAACAACAGCAACAAUGACAGCAAUGAAAGAGUUCAUCAAACUGACCGAUCACAUCUUUGAGGAGAUCUUAUACUCCACUGAUGACGGCCUGAAAGAUGCCAGGAUGAAGCUUGAGGAUGUUGUGAGGAGACGCCUGCCGAAGUGUGUGGGAGAGACCAGAAUAACAGAAACUGAACACAAAGACAACCAGAUCUUAGAGAAUGAGUGGAAUAAAGCAGUGGACGAGUGGAAAAAACUUCUCCCAACUGUGUUCAUGGAUAAGAAGGAUUUCUUCAUUGAAUCACUAUAA